UAUACAUUAUGCACAAUAUAUUUCAUACACUCCUCAAGGAGAUCCCCAGUAAGUAAGGCCCAGGUUGUACAAACCCUUGAUGCCCUGGUUACAUCCUGUGUUGUGAUACCCUGCACAUUUACCCAUCCUCAAGAAAAGCUCCCCACCUCCAGGCUCAGAGGGAUCUGGCAACGUUCAAAAAAUCGAGACGAACACAUCUAUUAUGAAGAUCGCACUCAAGUCUUGGAAAAUUUUAGGGGCCGCACACGAUUGUUGGGACAACUUGGUCAGGACAACUGCACCUUAGAAAUCACUGACAUUAAAGAUCAUGACAACGGCCCUUUCUGCUUCCAAAUUGAAUUAGCACGAACAGAGACUGACACAUCCACCACUGACAAGUUCUCCUUUGUUGACAGCUGUGUCACAUUGACAAUGCUCAGUAUGUCACCAACAUUCAUGACUCACUCAAAGACAGCCAUUCAAGCUCAGCUCUACACUGUCAUGUGUUCAGUAACCCAUACCUGCCCAUCCCAUAUGCCUUCAUUCACAUGGAGUAGGGGCACGGCAGAUGAGAUCACUGAGGAUUACAAAGAACUUCCUGUUGGUUACUGGCAGGUAGAUUCAAUCCUCACAUUCAUUCCCAGAGAGAAGGUUGACCAUAGUGAAAUCACUACAAUGGAAAGCUAUCCUCUUCGACAAGGAUAGUCUAUGUAAAAUGUGAGAUGUCUUUCAUUUUGAAGCUUAUAUACUGGACACUUAUAUAUUGGCUUGUAUUAAAAAG